AGUGCUUUUUUGGUCGUGUUUCGUUGCGUUUAGUUGUUAAGCAACUAGUAUUAGGCAGAGUUUAGUAUUUAGAUCAAGUUUGCCAACUUUUAUCCGUAUUUUUUUCAAGUAUAAUCUGAAAAUCAGACUUGUAAUUAAUUUUGAUUUUUGUCAUUUUUAAACUUAUAUAUUUCCUUGAGCGAACUUUACAAAAACAUAUCGUGAUAAAAUCAAAUUGUUUUUUGUGAUAGUGUUUGGGAUAAAUUAUAAUUGUACAGAGAUAUAUUAUCACGUCUUUAUACCUGGCGGGGUAGACAGAGCCGAGAAUCUCGAAACUCGAACGCCACGCUUCACUACAAAAUACAUAAUAUUCUUGUGCAAUAAUAUAUUUUUUGAAAUCAUUUCCAUAAUAUUAGCAAAUUAUUAUUUCGAUUAAUUGAUUAAUCAUUUCUAUAAAUGUUCGUUAAUUGUAUAAAAAUCAACAAAAAAACAAACACAAAUGGAACGACUGUUAAUACUAAUUUGCAUCCAAGUAGUAUACAGCAGUCACAGCACACAAUCCGAAGCCCGAAAAGAUGUUAUCAUAACUUACGCAGGCCACGUCGAUGCUGUCAACCAUCCAACAACUAACACACCAACAACUACAACAACACAAACAAUAACAACUGAAAAAACAACAACAACUGAACCCGUAGCAACAACAACAGAAGAAGAAUAUCUAACAGAUGUAAUAACAGAAACUGCAACGGAAACAACGGAAAUUAUACCGACAGUCGAAGAAGCAACUUUUCAAUUUCCAGUUGAUGAGGAAGAAGUGAUUUUUGUGCCUAAUAACAAAGAACCACAUAGAAUAGAGGAUGUUGAAAAUGAAUUUUACAAUAAACAUAUAAAUAUUGGUGAUUUAGUGAGCAAAACCGCUGUCGCCGAUGUUAUAAAGAAAACAACAACUGAACCGGUCCACGAAGAUAUUCUCUUCAUAUCCGGGAAGAAUGCAGAACCACUAGAAGAGAAGAAGUCCGCAACGGGGAGAGUGAGUGAAAUGCAUGUUGACACGAGAAGAGAAGGCAACGAGAAACCGAAGAAUAAGAAGUUGGACUGCACAAACCUGAUCUGCACGAACAAACUGGACUCCGUGUGUGGGGGCAAGAAGGAAAAUCACGAGUGGAGAUACCGGCUGUUCCUGAACGAGUGCUUCUUCAGGAAAGUAAAUUGUAACUUCAAUCAUGAAGAAAAUCGAUACAAGCAAGUAUUGAAGGAACGUUGUCAUAAUGUCGGAGCCCAUCUCCUCAUGAGACCUAGAUUGGUGCCACACCUACCUUCACCAUCUCCACCCACGGAGAACCUGAACUUGAAACGCAGGAGUUUUUCUUCCAGAAGAGCCACAAACCUGGACAUUCAUGGUCGUUUCUGCUCCCACCCAUGCCCCAGCUCGUGUCCAGACGAUUAUGACCCAGAGUGCGCCGUUUCCAAAAGAGGCGAGAUGAAAGUGUUCGUCAACCAUUGCAAACUGGAUCUGAACUCUUGCUUCUAUGGAGAAUUUUGGCAUCUGCGCCCCCUGUCGGAGUGCGUGGGCGGCAAGAAGGCAGACAUGCGACAGAACAGGGCGUUCAUAGCUUGGAUGCAGAAGGCUGGAAUGAUAAACAAUAAGGGGAAACUCAUGUUGUAAUGUCCACAGAUAUUAUAACAUUAUAUUGUAAUAUUAUAACAUUAUAAUGACGACCUCAGUGGCGCAGUGGUAAAGUGCUUGCCUCUGAACCGGGUUCGAUCCCCGGUCGGGUCAUGAUGGAGAAUGAUCUUUUUCAGAUUGACCUGGGUCUUGGAUGUUUAUCUAUAUAUGUAUAUGUUAUAAAAUAUAGUAUCGUUGAGUUAGUAUCCCAUAACACAAGUCUCGAACUUACUUUGGGGCUAGCUCAAUCUGUGUGAUUUGUCAUAAAAAAAAAUAAAUAAUAAUAAAGCCGGUAACACACCAUAGCUGAACUCAGACAGACGACGCGAAAUAAACAUUGCUUAGUUUGUAUGAUAGUUUUAAUUUCCAGCAAUGAAAAUGCUUCAUUGUAUGCCGAACCCAAGUCCGGCGAACUGUUUCCCGAAUGGUAUAAUCGUCAUAACACUGUAACGCCACGCAUUAUGACCUCUUUAGUCAUAUCGCGUGCGCGCUGGCAUGAUUUUUAUUUCUUUCAUUCUAAAUUCAAAAUUUUAAAUUAUUGUUCCACUUGAUAUUUUGAAAUCACAUUUUGACUCUUUCAUUACCAUAACGAUAUCGGCACGUACCACAGUACGGUGUAAAUAAAAUAUUUAUUAAAUUAUAAAAUACGGUGUAUAUUAAAUAUAUAUAUAUAUAUACAUAUAUACAGACCCUUAAAGGGUCUGUAUUUUAUUUAUUAAUUAUAUUAUUAUAUAACUGUCUGCCUUUGCCUAUUCCUACUCCAACCCUACCUGAGAUUACCCUACCACCUAACAACACUUUCAAAAUCAAGGCCGAUUAACAUUAUGAUUAGUUAAAUCAGGUUUGCACUAGUCAACUUUGAAGCUAACUUUAAUCAUAAUCAUUAAUUAUUAUAUAUUUUGUAACCAUUAUUUUGUAAACUUCAUUUCUCUUUUUCGGAUUUUGUUGUCUGUCAGCUGUAAAGACUAUAAAUGUCCCUAGUUGUCUGGUUUGAAAUCCACAGUAUGGUGUUAUAUUCGAAGGCCUGGAUCCUGGUCCCUAUGUUGCCGUAGAGUCGUCUCCUGUUUCUUCUCAGCUAUUAAGCAUCCAAGCCCAGUGUCCGCUUUCCUACUUUUGCGUCGUCACUUCGUACGGUCACCGGCAUCCCUAGUUGUCAGACCAUUGUCACGCAUAUCGUCCUUGACGACAUCAAGCCAGGACUUCUUGGAUGUGCCCCUUCUGCCAGGACCGCGGUAGCAUUCCCAAUGGAUUUGAGCUGAUUGAUGUCACGUUAAAUGCACAAGUUACCGGAAAUAUUACUGACAUUAUUACAGACAGUGUAUAUAUGUGUAUAUAUGAUCUAUAUUUGUUAAUUGACGUCCUUGGAGAAAAGGCUGCGGUGAAGUUUGUUGCGCCGCUUCUUCUUCACCUGCGCUUUGGAAGCCGGCAGUAGACUUGAUUUAAGUAAUUUUUGACGUCAAUAUGAUGUAUAUCGUCCUAAAUUGAAAUUUGAAUUAAUUUAUAUUGUAAUGAAAAAGUUUAUUUUGUGUUUUAAUUUAUUAUUAGUUUUGGAAUUUAUUAAAUUAUUUGAUUGUUAUAUUUUUUA